AUGCUCGAUGUUGGAAAGAUCCUUGGAUUUCAGGAGGAAUAUUGGAAGAUUGUUUGGAAAUAUCCGGGUCUUCAGAGAGUAAGAGCCUUUCUUUGGCUUGCUUUCAAACAAAGACUUCUUACAAAUUCGGAACGAGCUAGACGGGGAAUCAGUCAUUGCAGCUCCUGUACUAUAUGUGGUCAUGACCUUGAGGAUUUGGCGCAUGUUUUCAGAGAUUGUCCUCCCGCGAAAGAUGUAUUUCAGGAUUGUGGUCUUAUUUGGUCCUGCCGGUUUAGAUUAGUCACUUGGCGUAUAUGGAAGAAUAGGAACCUAUUUAUCUUCCAACACAUAUCAUGGACAGCAUCUGAAGUGGUAAAGGUCUCUAGUUGCUGGGGCCGUCACUACGACUCUCAUGUUGGAGAUCACAUUAAUAACAAGCAGGGAUCUAAUUUGACGGUCAAUUCAGAUGAUACUUGGGUGUAUUUAUCCACUAAUUGGGUUGUGGCCAAAGAUUCUGGUUAUGCUACAACAAGAGGCGUAGCUCGUGAUUGGGAUGGAAAUUGGAUAGUGGGAUUUAAUCGAUUCUUAGGCGUGUGCUCUCCGUUUGAGGCUGAAUUCUGGGGCAUUCUAGAUGGGAUCCUGAUUUUAUUUAAUAAGGGCUAUAGACGAAUCAUUAUUAUGACAGAUAAUCUUGAAGUUGCCCAGAUCUUGAUUGAUAUGGAUUUGGAAGACUCAAGGAUUACUGUGCUUCAAAGAACUCAUCACAUCUUGCAAUCAAAAGGAGAGUGGAGGAUUAAGCAUAUCCAAGAAAUCAGAAUUUGGUAG